AUGGCCGGUCUCGUCACUCAACUGCAAGUCCUUGCUCAGGAGAGCGGAUGCUUCCUCGACAUCUCCGCCUUGAUCGACCUGAGCAUCUGCCCCAACAUCAAUGUCAAAGCCGACAGGCCCAAGAUCGUGAACGUCAAGGAAGACGGCCACAUCUGCAUCACCCCCACCGAAGGGGGAAACAACGGAAACAAUGGCGGCAACCCCAACCCUGGAAACAACGGCGGCAACCCCAACCCGGGCAACAACGGCAACAACGGCGGUGACAACAAGCCCGAUCCCAACCAGGGCGGCAACAAUGGCAACCCCAACCCCGGUAACAACGGAGGCAACCCCAACCCUGGCCAGUGCCCCACGAACACAUGCUUCGAAGUCCCCGAUGAGGUCUGCGAGAAACCCCUCGUUGCCCUCGAUCUCGACAUCCUCGUUCUCCUUGAUCUCCUCACUGAGGAGGAACUUGAGAAGUACCUCAAGAUCACUGGCGCUAUGCCAAAGGAUGACAAACUCGAGGUUGACAAGAAGCCUGUCGGCGUUGACCCUCUGCUCAGCUUGGGACUUCUCAAUGAAGAUGAAAUCCUUGGCCUGAACCUCGGUGGCGAGAAUGGCCUGCUCAACCUUGGUCUCGGAGGCAAGAAUGGCCUUGCCAAGCUCAGCCUGGGUAAGGAUGGUAGCAUCCUUGAUCUGAACCUCCGCAAGCGCCAUGGCCACGAUGAUCACUACGAUAGCCUCCUUGACAUUGACGUCGGUGGACAGAAAGACGACAAGAACGCCGCAAUUGAUAUUGAUGUCCUUACUCACGAUCGUCGCCACGACGAAUAUGAUGGUCUCCUUGAUAUCGAUGUCGGUGGACAGAAAGACGACAAGAACGCUGCCAUUGAUGUUGAUAUCCUCACCCACGAGCGUCGCCACGACGAAUAUGAUGGCCUCCUUGACAUUGACGUUGGUGGUAAAAAGGACGACAAGAACGCUGCGAUUGAUAUUGAUGUCCUUACUCACGAUCGUCGUAACUGUGGAUCUACCUGCCACGACGGACAGGACUGGCCUCCAAGCACUCAACCUACCAACCCAUCCACCAACCCAUCCACCUACCCUUCGACCAACCCUUCGACAAACCCUUCCAGCAACCCUUCAAGGAACCCAUCAUUGAUCGACAUUGAUGUUCUUGGCACGAAGGACAAGGAACAGGCCACCAUCGACAUCGAUGUUCUUACUCACGAGCGCCGUAGCAAACUCUCCGCCCGCCAGCACCCCAAGCACCUGCUCGAUUCCCAGGGUCUUCUCGGCAUCACCGUUGGUGGCAAGAAGGAUGAGGAGCAGGACUUGAUCGACAUCGAUGUUGCUACUCACGAGCGCCGUGACGGUGGUGACAAGGGACUUCUUGACGUCGACGUUGGUGGCUACAAGGACGAGCAGCAGUCUACCAUUGAUAUUGACAUCCUGACCAAGAACCGCCCCUCCAAGGACCAGCCUACCCCUGGUGGAAACAGUGGUAACCUCGACCACUACGAGCCCAUCUGCAAGAAGGCCAUCAAGGACCGUGCCUCUGCCGUCAGGGUCAAGGCCAAGGACGUCAACCACUGCCUGUCGCUCUGCUCUGCCACUGCCGCUCGCGCCACCAUUGCCGCCAACCCCGGGGCCGUCAGCGCUGCCAACAUCAAGGUCUGUGCCGCCAUUGACUUCAACUCCUCGGCUGUGGAUGGCAACAACUGCGCUUUCCUUGUCCGCGGCAAGGAUGAGUCUUUUGCCGACACUGAGCUCGUUGACAACGACAAGCACGUUGUCUUCCUCCGCAAGUAA